AUGUCUUCUUCUGUGCCUAAUGAGAGCCUUGUUUCCAUCAAUCCCUCUGCACUACAAACAACCCUUUCAACAGAAUCGUUAAAAAAAUGGGAACUCGGCGUCUCACUGGUUUUGCAUAACUGGAGUGUUCUUACGGAUGCUGUUGUAGCUCAAUGGGGCGGACCUGACAGUGACGACAAGCGUGACUGGCUCUGUGGCGCUAUUGCAGAUAUGUUUACGGAGCGAGAGGAAACAGAUGAGUACGAUAUUGAAAGCGUGUUGGUACAAGUCAUGGGGGAUGAGUUUCAAGUAAAUUUGGAGGACGAUUCAGCAUGGGGGAUCGCCCAAAAAUUAGUUUCUCUGCGCAACGAGGUGCUGGAGGGAAACUUGUUUACAAUAGACGAAUUACACACCAAAUUUCUCGCGAAACCAAAGAAUCAACACCCGAGAGUCCCACAAGUGACAGAGGUUACCGAAGAGGCCGGCUCAAGCGAAGACGAGGGAGAUAGUGAUGAAGAAAUGUCAGAAGCACCUUCGACAGGGCCUGCAGAGACCAGACAAAGCGUCGAGCCAGUCAUAGAUGAGGACGGUUUUGAGUUGGUGCAAAAGCGGAGAAGAAAGUAG